AUGUUGAGAAAAGCAACUCGCUACGCUGAUGCGAUGGAAGCAAAUUUUCCAACUGCACAAGGAAUCAAAUACGCGGAUGAUUUUCGACUUACGUCUCAAGAAUUAACCCAAAGUGAUUCCUAUCUUGGAAUUUCAACAAAGAUGUUAUCAGGCCGCCAAUCCGCUGAGCUUGGACACAGUGAAUCUCAGCACAGUAUUAAAAAGGGAUUUUUCAGAAUUGGAUCAAAAAAAAGGAAGGAGGAAACCACUGUGACGGGAGUUGGAAUAUCGGCUUUACCAAGCGUCGAAAAUUCUCCUCCAAAGAAACAUAAAUUCAGCAUACGAAAACAAAAACGUGAUUCCAUUCAGCAGAUAGUUCCUCCAGCGUCGCCCAGCGGAAUCCAGUGGUUAGAAGAAACUCAAAAGGGAUUAGCUCUGUCUCAUAAGAUGAAUAGUAACGGAUCAAUAAGUGUUAGAUUGAAGGUUAAAAUAGCUCAUUGGAACGGAAUCCGGGAAGGCGAAGCAGAUCAAACUCCUUUCAAAAAAAAACGGGAUGAUGAACCAGAGUCAGUUCCUCGGUCUAGAAGAUCAAGAACAAGACCUGAAAGACUAAGAUCGGAACCGAAGGAGGAUGGAGAACUGGAGGAAUACGCUAAAAAAAAAAUUUCAAAAAUCACUCCAGAUGUUAUUUUGGGACGCACUGGUGGUGUUUAUAUUCCCCCAUUUAAAUUGGCUCAAUUACAGAAGGAGGUAACUGAUAAAGGAUCCUUGGAGUACCAGCGGCAAACAUGGGAAGCACUUCGGAAGAGUAUUAAUGGUUUGGUCAAUAAAGUGAAUGUCGGAAAUAUAACAAGCUUAGUUCAAGAACUUUUUCGUGAAAAUUUAGUCCGAGGAAGGGGAUUACUUGCGCGAUCAAUUCUUCGCGCUCAGAUGGCAUCGCCGGGAUUCACUCAUAUUUAUGCAGCACUGCUUUCCAUCAUAAAUUCCAAACUUCCAGAAGUAGGAGAGUUGGUGAUCCGCCGUCUAUUACUUCAAUUUCGCCGUGCUUAUAGACGUAACGACAAAAUUGUUUGUAAAGCUUGUGUAAAAUUUAUUGCUCAUUUAGUUAAUCAAAGGGUGAUUCAUGAACUUUUAGCUCUUCAACUUGCUCUGCUGCUAUUGGAGCAACUAACAGAUGACUCGGUGGAAGUCUGUGUAGAAUUCAUGCAGGAAGUGGGUCAAGUUCUCAAAGACGUCUCACCGGCCGGAUUUCAAGCAAUUUCCGAUCGUUUUCAUGCAAUUCUUCAAGAAGGCCAAGUUGAUAAACGUGUUCAAUACACAAUAGAAAAGUUUUAUGAAGCCACGCGUAAAAAAUUUGUUGACUUUCCGGGCGUUCUAAGCGAGUUGGAUUUGGUUGAGGAGGAGGACCAAAUAACGCAUCAGCCAGAAUUGUUGGAUACCGAUAUCAAGGGAGAUGAAAUGCUCAACAUCUUCAAGCAAGAAGAAUCAGAAGUUUUUAUAAAAAACGAGGAAACGUGGAAACAGUUGAGUCGCGAGAUUUUAGGAGAAGAAUCUGAAGUUGAGGGCGAUGGAGAUACAAGUGAAGAUUCGGAAGCAGAGGAUGAAUUAAUGGGGAUGGAUACAAAUGGCCAACAAACAACAGAAAUUAAAGAUCUCACAGAACAAGAUUUGAUUAAUCUCCGUAAAACCGUUUAUCUAACAUUUCAAUCGUCAGCCACGUUUGAAGAGUGUGUUCAUAAAAUAUUAAAAAUGAAUAUCAAAGAAGGAUGUGAGAUCGAAGUCUGCACGAUGCUUAUCGAUAGUAAUGCGAUGGAGAGAACUUUUCAGAGGUUUUUUGCACUACAAGCGGAGAGGUUUUGUCAGCUCAAACCAGUUUAUGUAGAAUGUUUCUUGGAGUGUUUGAAGCGCCAGUAUCAAACAGUUCAUCGAUUGGAGACCAACAAACUCAGAAACACCGCAAAGUUUUUCGCUCAUCUUCUCUUCGCAGAUGCGCUUCCUUGGCAAUGCUUGGAAUUAUUCGUCAUUACUGAAGAAGCAACAACCUCCUCAAGUCGUAUUUUUAUUAAAAUCAUUUUCCAAGAAUUAGCAGAGCAACUCGGUUUACGUAAAUUAAAUGAAAAACUUCACGAUCCUGUUCUCGCUCCACACGUUCAGGGGAUCUUCCCAACUGAUCAUCCUGCUCACAUUCGUUUCUCCAUUAAUUUCUUCACUGCUAUUGGUCUUGGAGGAUUAACUGAGAGAUUGCGAGAAAUCCUCACAACAAUUCAGCAACGCAUUGCACAAGAACAUGAGGAAUCAACAGACUCUUCAGAUGAUUCGAGUGGUUCUGAUUCUUCUGGGGAUUCCGAUUAA